CCAGCGCGACGAGCAGGCGCGGUCGGCCGCUGGAUCUGGGGUGGCUCUGCCCGGAUCUGGUGGCGCGGCUGCGGCGGUUCCGGAUCCGUGGGAGGCUGCUGCUGCUUCGGCUGCUGGUGGUUCCUCCUCGUCGGCGCUGCGUCAGGCUCCGCUCCGGGGCCCAGUGGCUCCGCCGCGGGCGCCUCCUCGCUCCUUUGCUGCUGGCGCUACCUCCCGCCCUGCUCAGCGCUUCGGCUCUGGCUCCUCCUCCGCGCAGGUCAGAGAUCGUCGUGGUCUGCCCUUUGGUCCGGGCUCCUCUUCCGCCGGCCUUGGAGAUGGUCUUCUCCCCCCUCCCCCGCCUCCUCCUCCCCUCCAACACUCAGCUGUUCCAAACCCAUCUCCUUCUCUUACAUGCUUUGCAUGCCAUAGACCGGGCCAUUUCCAGCCCAGAUGGUUCAAUCCGCCCUUCUGUCUCAUUUGCCGCUCAGAUGGACACCUGAUUGUUGAUUGUCGCAACCGCACCAAGAAUCCCUCCUUUGUGCAUUUCGGGACCAGUCUUCCAGGAUGUUCUUUCUUUGCCCUUGAUUCUGAUGUGCCUGUGGUUGUGGCUGCGCCCUCGCUCUCUAAUGCGGCUAUCAUCUCCGUCCGCGACCAAAAGAUCUCUCCGUAGACUCUUUUGGAAGGUUUGAGGAUUUGGGAUGAGGAGGGAUGGGACUGGCAGGUGCGCCAGCUUUCGGAGUUUGAAUUUGUGGUGGUGUUUCCCUCAAAGGAGUGUUUAUGGAUGAUUUCUUCGUGUAUGAGCUUCACUUUACCUCUCAACCAGCUGGUUGUCUCAGUUAAGGCGGCCACAUGUGGUGCGAAGGUGGUUGGUCCUCUGUCCAAGACGUGGGUGCUAGUAGAUGAUGUGCCAGUGGGUUUGCGAACGGCUGAGUUCAUGAUGGCGUUUGGGACUCUCAUUGGCAAGCCUGUGGAAGUUGAUUCUGAAUCUUUGGGUAAGGUUGGCCCGGUGCACCUCAGUAUUUGGUGCGUUGAUCCUGUCUGUGUGCAUGGUGCUGUGGAUGUGUUCCCGUCUUCUGAGGGUGUUCGACUGCGGGUUCGGGUCAAAGGUGUUGAUGCUUUCCAGGCUCCAUCUCCGCCUCCUCCUUCCAACUCGGCUGAUCCUGAUGAUAAGCAGGGAGAUGGUUUGGCUGGUGGGCAGAACCCAAGUGGAGGUACCGACCCUUGUUUCACCCAGUCUGAAUGGGAUGGACUGGAGCCUGAAGAGCAGGAAUUGUUUAAGGCCAAUGCCCCGGUUGAUGAAGCUCAGAAGGAUGCAGGUGCCAAUCAGGCGAUGGACAAGGCCCCCCUUGGGAAUCCUGCUAGCAAAGGCACACCGAUCUCUGGUGUUUGCUCCAACCUUCCUGCUCGACCGCAAUCACCUUCAUUUUCUGGGAUUGAAGAUCUACCUGUGUCUCCUCCUCGCUCCACUGGACCUGCAUCUAAGAAGAAGAAGAAAACCUCCGUCAGAAAGUUCUCAGCUAAGAGCAGGGCCUCUUCUGGUUCCAAGCAAUCCAUGACGGGCCUGGUUCCUUGUCUGGACAAGGAUCUGGGGGCUGCUUCGGGUUCCGGCCAGGGUCCGGCCUCGCCAGUUCUGCGCUCUCCGAUGCUGCGGUCGCCCGCGUCCACGGCGCACAAGGGGCGUCGCGUGCGUGAAUCUGGCGAGUCGGUGGCGGCGCGGGCUGAAAGGCGGGCUGCGGCCAGGGAUCUUCCUGCUUCAGCAGUGGAAAUCAUUGACUAAGGUGGACGACCAGGAUGCACUAUCUGUGUUGAUCUCCAAAGUUCGGGCCUCGGCGUCUAAUCUAUGCAGACAAGAGCAGGAUGCUUAGUUGGUUUGCGCGUCGCUGGCUAGUUUCUUUUGGGCAGUAAACUUUCCGGCAUGCGUGCCGUGUACUGGCUAGGGAGCUAUGUACCCUUGUUUUAACUUUCUCUUGUAUGACCCAUGGUUGGGGUCUGGCUGGUUGUGUGGUUCGAACCUAUGUGUGUUUGCUACCUGCCUUAUGGCUUUAUUUAUAAAGUUGGACGCAUGUAUUUUCUAGAAAAAAAACAACCGAAGAAACCGCGAAAGGACGACCGGAGGAUGGGCCGCCGCCACGAUCACCACGGGACGACCGGAGCUGGCAGCGAAGCGCCGCACCACCAGGAGGAUGGGCUGCCGCCACGAUCACCACGGGACGACCGGAGCUGGCAGCGAAGCGCCCGGCCACGCCAGCCCCAGACCACCCCGGCUGACACCAACUGCACGUGAUGUUCCGAUCUUGGUGACGCCGCCGUACAAUGAGGAGUUGAAGACUGUACCAAAUGAACAUGGCUAGAUCGACCUGAAUAAAUCCUUUUUUUUUUCUAUUUUCUUGUUAGUUUCCACCAGUUUUUAAUUCAUUUCUGCCGAUUAUAAUAAGGUUGCACGUGAAGGCUUACCGGAGCAUUUGUGCCUCCUGUCUCCAUUUGGUUACCGGAGCAUUUGUGCCUCCUGUGUCCGUUUAGGUACAAAAAAUAAACCAGGGUAGCAAAUUCAGAGAAAGAAAUGCAAUGCCUGAACCUAUUAAGAAAAUGCGCCUGCAAAUCGACAGUGACAAGGAAAUAUAGAAGAAGCUCUGAUUUCGGACAAGGCGUGCAGCAGACGGAAGGACGUGCGUUGCCAUCGCCGAAUCUUUUCUUCCGGAGUACUAUACCUACCACCUGUGGGCAUAUGCAAACAACAAAUUGCUGGACCAGCUUGAGAUAAACUCGAGUACAAUCAUUAAAUGAACCAAAUUAUUGUAGCUCAUCCACUUGAGGAGUAUUUUCUCCUAGCAACAUAAACCCGGCCAAACAAUUGAAGAAUGAAGAAGAAGAAAAAUAUCUAUAUUGUUCAUUCUGCGAGGUGCCAUUAUGAAGUUUGCGGUUGCCAGAAGUUCAAUUAGCUUGUUUUGCUACUCUCCUCGUCCAUGUUUAUUAGUCCCUUUGUAUUUUGUGUGAAACUUUGAAUGUAAAUUUAAUUAAUAAAAUAUAUGUCCUAUUUAUUAACAAUAAUAUCAUUUGAAACUUAUUUCAAAUAUACGAGUCCAAAUAUAUAGAUUUUGUGGUUUCUAACUUAUAUUUGGCUAAUCAAAUUUAUGUUCAAAGUUUGACCAAAAUACAAAGGAGACUUAUAAACCCAAACUGAGGAAGUACAGUCCAUUGUUUUGGUCAAAGAAGGCCUUGGCAAGCCAUCUAUUGCCAGCGGGUGAUCGUGGAAAAUUCAACCCGAAUAUUACACAUUAAGAAGAACAAAAACACGAGCAAGACAUUUGGGUUACAGCUAACUAACAAAAACAAUGAACUAUGGGAAACUCUUGUCAUCACCCGG